AUGCUUCUCCGAUCGAUCGAAGCUAUCUUUGGGCUAGGUCUGUUUGGAUGCGGUCUUCUUCAAAUCGCCGUCAAUCCGUUCUGGUGGGCUUACGUUCCCGUCUACCUGGUGCCCGCCGCUUUGGCGAUUGUGCAGGUUCCCCGUAAUACCACGUGGCGCACUCUCUCUUCGCUCUCCAUCGUCACCGGCGGUCUCUACACGACUUUCCUGCUGUGGACGUUCAAUUCCGUCAAUUCCACCCCAACUUUGAAGCUUAAAGAGGCGAAGAAUCUCCCACUGGUAAAUAUUGAUUGUUUUUGUUUGCCCUCGUACAUUUUCGGAUUCAGAUCGCAUUUGGAACUCUGCUCAUCAGUUUCAUCCGUCUCACUCAGGACAAGAUCUCUCAGCCUAUCCACUACAUCCGAUCUACUAUUAUACUCACAGUGGCCGUUAUCAGUCUCUAUGCUUUCACAACUUCGGUCCCUUACAUAAUUUGA